AUGCCGGAGCCGGCCAAGUCCGCUCCGGCUCCCAAGAAGGGCUCCAAAAAGGCUGUCACCAAAGCCCAGAAGAAGGACGGCAAGAAGCGCAAGCGCAGCCGCAAGGAGAGCUACUCCAUCUAUGUGUACAAGGUGCUGAAGCAGGUGCACCCCGACACGGGCAUCUCGUCCAAGGCCAUGGGCAUCACGAACUCCUUCGUCAAUGACAUCUUCGAGCGCAUCGCUGGCGAGGCGUCUCGCCUGGCACACUACAACAAGCGCUCGACCAUCACGUCCCGCGAGAUCCAGACGGCCGUGCGCCUGCUGCUGCCGGGCGAGCUGGCCAAGCACGCCGUGUCGGAGGGCACCAAGGCGGUCACCAAGUACACCAGCUCCAAGUGAGUGCCGUUCGUACUUGGCGCUCCCCGGCCACGCUUUGCAAAGGCUCUUUUCAGAGCCACCCACCUCGUCAAGAGAAAGAGGCUGUCCUCAUGCCGCCUGGGGGACGUCUUUAGGUGCACAAGCCGUGUGGCCUGUCUUUCCCCAUCCGGCCAGUAAAGCUACAGCCCCUCCUA